GCCAAAGGGGAGGGGAUCGACUUUUUGGAGCAAAAACAGAGCCCUAGAGAGAGAAAGUGCGAAGAACACAUCCUAGAAGUGAUUUUGGAGCUGGGUUUCAUCAAUCGAGCUUGGAGAUCAUCAUAGGAGUGAAGAUCAUCAUCCUAGAGCAGAUUCUUCCCAUUGUUAUGAGUAUGACUGCUUUGUAUUAUGUUUUCCCCUCUCUCUAUGGAGUAGAAUCCUCUCUCACUUGGGUAUGAAGAACCCUAGUUCCAUGUGUUAGGGAUCAUGAUUGUAAUGACUUGGGAUUGCUAUACUGUUUGGUUUUAAUUGAAUGAUGCAUGAUUCAUUGAAUCAAAUGAAGUCUGAUCAUCUUUUAUUGAUUUCUGCUGCAACCUGAGGUAGAUAGAAUCUGAUUAGGUUGUUAGAGCUUCAUCAUUCGGUAGUGGUAGAUUGGUUAUACGAGAGUUAGUCAAUCUAUUGCUUUGUACUGAACCCAAUUCCAGUAGUGGAGUUCUGUGCUUAUUGCCUCAGCUUUCUAUCCCGGUGAAGACUAGUCGUAUGCCGGGUAGUUGGACUGAGAGGGCUUGGUCAGCUUAAGAGAUUCCAAGCUACUGUCGGAUCUUCCGCAGUUUAAUCAACAGUAAAUCAACCCAGGGUAGUUACAAGUGAGACCUAACUAAGGAGCUAGGGGGACUCAUUCCCGAGUGACUCUCCCUUUGCUUUAGAAAACCGAAUCAUUUCAUGCUUUCUUACUAUUUUUAAUUAAAACCACAAUCAAUCGACUUAGUUGGCUAGAUAAUAGAUAUUCACGAAGUAGGUCGUAGAUCUAGACCCCUGGUUGAUUAUUAGAACUUGCCACUUUAUUGCAUUCCCGGACUGCGAUUACACUUGGCCGCAGUUUGGUGUUGUGUUUUGGCGUGUCACCUACAUUCUGCUUUCAUUGUGGCCGAGUGGGUCACAUGAUGAGUGACUGUUCAUUUAAUCCUCCUACCCGGAAGGAAAGAUUCGGCCCCUCACAUGUCCACAAAAAAGUGGUACUCGCCUUUAUGAUGAUGAUGAUAUUCCCUCAAUACCGCGGAGGCGCAAAAUCCGUUUGGAUUAACAAGGAGGUUCGCGAAGGAAAAUUAACUAGGGAGCAACCUAGGCCAACUCGUGAUGCGAGGAGGACAUUGCUGCGAUGCCCGUGGCUCGCUCUGGGCUCGGCUUCCGCAGGUGGAGACGGGGACGAUGGACACUUACAAGCAGAGACAUGGUAAAAGUUUGCGUGGCUUUACCAUGAAGAAAUCUCCACGAGUUUCCCUUAGGCAUGGUGUUCGUUACUCCACGUCAAGGAAGGAGACGGGUGACUAUUUGCGAGCUGGGAAGGAGAGUGCCCAUCAUCGGAUGGACCUACAUCAGGGACGCCGACGUGGGAAGGAAGUAGAGACGUCCCUGCAGACGAAUGAGUCGCUGAUCAUUGAGGCACAACCCCGGCAAAGCCCGAUGGUGACACAGCGGAGGGAUGAGAGGAUCCCGAGGAGGCAGGCAAGACCGGUGCGGGAGAACCAACUAUCGUCGAUGAGUGAUGAUAUUCUGCCAAUGGCUGACCCUGUCCAUCCCCAAGCAAUGACUCGUCGGCGACGUAUGAUCCUCGAAGAUGAGUCUGAGGAUGAUCUCCCCAUCCUACGAAAGUCCAUGCAGCCCAGCAGACGACAGUUCAAGGGGAGGGUGACCAACCCAAGGAAAAUCCCCAGCUUAUCGGUGCUGCGAAGUUGGUGGGGAAGGCAUCAUCUCGAAAGGGAUCUCCCAAGCAUACACCGCGUAAGCUACGUAAGGCGAAGCUUCCGGAAGCUAAGACUGGGCCGGGAAAGAGUCUCUAGCGAGCGACUAACCUCCACCGGAGUAAACAAAUUGAGGCCCUAACGAACAAAACCUCCACUACCGAAGUGAAUUCGGUACAGAAUAGUAAGUUGGCUCCUCGACUAAAGUCACCCACUCCCUACCUUCAAUCAAGGAUGCUCUAUCAACCUAGGCAGAUAUUCUCAUUCUAGGUUAAAGCAGAAACAACAGGAAUUUGAUCAGGAUUCAUGCCAUUCAAUCAUUCAAACCUCAAUUGAAUAUAAUCAACUCAUAGAAUCAGUACUUGGGUUCAUACAAUCAGACCUAACAUACAAAUCUAGGGUUCUCCAUACCCAGAUGAAUGGGAGAACUACUCCAUGGAGAAAGAAGCAAAAGCAGAAUCAGACGCGGAAAUCAUAUUGUGAAGGAUGGAUUUCUGCUCCUGGACGUUGAUCGGCACUUCUCCAAGCUCAAGCCACGCUCCAAUGGUGAUGAAGAACAAUCUAGGGCACUUGGAGACUCUUGUUCGUCGCUUUCUCUCUCUAGGAAUCGCUCUGUCUCUCUAAAACUCGAAUCCCCUUCUGUUUUGGCUGAAAUCUGCCUAAAAGGGCAUCACUGGGCAAAACACGGUUGAGGGCACGGCCGUGUUCUGCUCCAGCCCGCCCGUGUUUUGCCAAGUGUUAAAUACACGACCAGACUUUUGGGGAAAACACGGGCGUGCUUUUGGUGGACACGGCCGUGUUCUGUCUCAGCCCUGCCCGUGUUUUGAGCUAGUGUUUGCCAAAAUCAGAUCAAGUCUUGACAGUAAAAGCACGGUCUAGGAACACGGUCGUGUUCUGAUUUAGGCGUGUCCUUGUCUUGGCUCCAGCUCGACCGAAUGACUUCUGAAUGCCCCAAAACUCGUGCUUAGCCUUUCCUUUGACGCCUAGGACCUGAAAUAUGACAAAGUAGCACAACCCGGCGUAAAAUAGGCCAAAAAUACACGACUAUGCCCAUCAAACGGAUAAGAACUAGGGGUGCAAAUACGUGCAAUUACAUCGUUAUCAAAUUCCCCCACACUUAACCGUUUGCUUGUCCCCGAGCAAACCAAGUCAGACACAAGGUAAGCUAAAAAUGUUUCAAUCAAGCAUGCUUAAGGGCAUAUCAUAUCGGCACAAAAACGUGGAUCAUAUUGGCUUUCGAUCAUUAACACAUGGACAACCUCAAUGACAACCUAGACAACCACCACAGAUGACAUUCGAAUGCAGUAAAAUCGAGCAAAGGAAGAGUCUCCCUUCUGUUCACCAACCAACAUAGACUUGACUCAACCACUUAUUCAAAACAGUCACUUCAUGCACAAAGCUCAAGAUAUCAGAAUUAAGACCGAGCAAUCUAGGUCCUCACCGGGAUAAAGAGUAUAGAGAAUAUGAGAAAAUGAAUCGCUCACUCUCGACCAGUGGGGUAAGGACAAUUUGAUGCGAAAAAUGCGUCUGCUUAAUCUCUCAAUCCCUAACAUCUCUUCACCAUGAAUGCAGCCUCUAAGUGCUAGAGUUCACAUAUGGGGUGUCACCACUAACUAAUCCGGAGGUCUAAGACACAGGUUCAGAUGACAGGCUAGGGUCUCGGACAUGGGGAAAAGGCCUUUUAGGUGGUGGAAGUAUUCAUACAGCACAAGGUUCCACAUAUCCAAACCCAACAAACUCGCAGUCAAUCAAAUCAAAAACUUUCUUUCUGCUAUUCUGCAUUACUCAAAUUCUUCAGAGCACAAAAGCGAAGGAGGUUACAUAAAUGCUAGUAUUUCUAAGUUCUAGACUGCUAAGAAACACUACUAAAUGGG